AGACACGACACAAACACGGUACAAAAUACAACUUACUGUGCGAGUACAUUCGCCAGCGUGGAUGACUAAGUGCUAAAUGUGUCUAUCUAAGAAUUUAUUCAACUGAAUAUUAUCUAAAAAAUGUUUUUUGCUCAAGUGAAGAUGAAGUUUUCUGCUACUGCGUCACUUUUACUUCUGGUGACUUGCUUCAGCUCCUGCAUAAAAGGAAACACACAAUACACUCUUCAAGACAGUUUUAUAAGCUUCGAUGCUAAGCCGGAUAUUGUUUUGUUGGAGCGAGAGCGUUAUCGACGUGACACAGCUGAUUUAUCGUCUACAGUUGAGCCUCCAACAUCAGCCGCAACUACUGCAGCAUCGAACGCAUCCCCCAAUUCCGUCCCUGCUAACUCCACAAACGACAAUAAUAGAACUUUCAACGUGACCACCAAGCCCACUACUACGCCCAACGUGGCAGUAACGAAGACACCCCUAUUAGGGUUCAAUGGUACAGGCAUAUUUCAUGGUGAAAAUACGUCACAAGUAAGCGAACCGCUCCUACCUGAUGACAAUGUAACGGACGUAUUUAAGGAGACCCCGGAAAUGAUCAAAGCUGAACAUAACCUGACGAGCUUGACAUACGAUAACUACAUAUUCUACAACAGAUCGUUCAUCGGCAACGUGUCUUAUGUCAAAGAGUUCUGGGCUAACAUCACCGGACCCAAGGCAGAAGUCCACGACGUCCUCAGCAAUUCGCACAGACGUGCCACUACAUUGAAAUUGACUUUCGAUUUCCCGUUCUACGGCCACAAGAUCCGCAACAUAACGGUGGCGACGGGUGGGUUUAUUUACACGGGUGAACCGGUGCACAACUGGCUUGCGGCCACGCAAUACAUAGCGCCGCUGAUGGCAAAUUUCGACACCACGCUUACCAACGAUAGCGUGGUCAAACAGUACGACGACGGAAGCAAAUUUACUGUUAUCUGGGAAAAUGUUACUCUGCAGGAAGAUCCAACUAAAAAGUUCACGUUCGCCGCCACACUCUACCAAAAUGGUGAUAUAGUAUUUACAUAUAAGGACAUUCCCAUACCCGUGCAGCAGAUUGAUGACAAAGAACAUCCCGUAAAAGUGGGUAUCAGCGACGCGUACUUGACGGACAAAUACAUUUUCCAUGUGAGACAUCAGAAAAUCUACGAAUAUCAUCGUGUGUCAUUCAAGAACCACGAGAUCACGAACAACACAAUGCUGAGGCUAACAGCCUUACCUACGUGCAUUCAGUACAAUACAUGUGAGAGUUGCGCCAAUCACGAUACGUCCUUCCAGUGCUCAUGGUGCGAGCAAAUCCAGAAGUGUUCGAGUGGCACUGAUAGAAACAAACAAGACUGGGUCGUUAGAAAUUGUGAGAAAACGUCCAUAGCAAACGCGUCGUCAUGUCCCGCUCCCGCCCACCCGCCUGUCAACGUGCCCUCUGAAAACAGCAACACUGCUUACACAACCGAUGGUCAAAACAACUCUAUCGUCGUCGUCAGCACUGUGCAUACGGAGACGGAGGCGAAGGGCCCGGUGGGGCGGGGCGCGGUGGUGGCGGGGGCUGCGGGGCCGGAGGCGUCGCGCUCGCCCAUCGGUGGGGCGGUGGCCGCCUUCGUGCUGGUCGCGCUCGUCUGCUGCCUAGCCGCCUGGCUCCUCUACGCCUUUAAGAACCCGCACACGCGCAGCGGACAAUUCAUCAUCAAGUAUCGACCUUCCCAGUGGGGAUGGAGACGAGGUGAGGCGCGCUACACCGCCGCCACUAUACACAUGUAAACUGUUAGCACGUUCCAACGUCGACGUAAUCGACGAACGUUCUCACGUCCUGCGUUGACGUAAUACGUCACGCGUCGACGUAACACGUCACGUCAUGUGACUAUGCAAACGUAGCGCGGAUAGCACUCGACCAUUUUCGAAGUAAGGAACACAAACGUCCGAAACCGAUUUUAUGUAAACACUUUCGGACCGUUUAGAUCUGCUAUAUGGGCAUUUUUCUACUAACAGGGUCAUUUCCUCUAAAAAUGUUUCAAAGAUUUUAUUACUUGAAUUAACUAACGAAUUAAUUUAAUAUUUAGCUAAAAAUAAAUCCAAUACGUUAGUUCAUAAGGCUAGUAACAAUAUGCGGUAAUAUCCUAUAUAUAUUGUACAUUUUAAAAAAACGACACAGGGAACUGUUGCCUAUAUCAGGGGACUGGUUUUUUUUUUUGAAGGAAAAGCUUUGUGUUUUAGUAAUUUGAAAAUAAAACAAAAUCAAUUAAUGUAUUUACCAUUUUGACUUAUUGGUUAUAUUUGCUUUUCAGUUUAAAUAUGAACUUAUGAGUAUCAUUUAAACUUUUCCGUUCUUCAAUAUAAAAAUAAACCAUUUAUAUAUUUUAUAAUCGACAAUGGAGUAAACUUAUUACAACAAACUAUUUUUAAUUAAAUAAUAUAAAGAAAACAAAAUCGAUUUUUUUUUUUUCAAAAAUAUUAAUAUGCUUAUCAAAUUUACAAAACACCUCUAGUUUCUUCAGCUGUACUUGAGGAACAGGAAGUUUUUCCAGAAACAACUGAGCCUUCUUAUCAUAGAUUUUCAGAAAUGUAGUAGUUAUUUCACCAUUUUCCUGCAUAUCGAUAUUCUUUCUUUUAUACUUGAAAUUUUACCAAAAAAAAAUCACCAUUACUAAAAGAAUGAACAGUUGUAGAACUCGGCCCUGCUUUAAUUUCACUUUGCAAACUAGUUAGAAUGAUGGGAGCGUUUCGUUCGUCGUUGGUUUCAUUUUCAGAGUCGGUAUAUAUUUCGUCAAAAGCUUUAAAUGUUCACAGUUAAUAUUUUUACAAAACCAGCUCAAAGUGGUGAGUGCCAUGGAGGUAGUUUUCAAACUUUCUGAUUGAUUAUACGUUUUCUGUUAUCGGUUGUACUUGAAGAAUGCCUUUAAAAGCCUUCAUAUGUUUUGUUUCUUGUUCAAUUUUAGAAGUCAUACGAUCAAUGUAAUAAAUAACAGGACAUUUUACUAUUACAGCCUGUAGAAAAGUAUCUAAGUCUUGGAUAUCUCCACCAGUGGCUAUCACAGAAUCAGCAUUUCUCUUACGUGUCGCUCUAAUCCCAACGGGAGCUUCUUUCUACUUUCAGAAUAGUUCCAUGAAAACUUUGAAAACUAUACAGCAUGAUUUCGUAGUUUUUUUUUUUUUGUUUAAGUAAAGCACUAUCGUGUGAAGAGUUUUUCUGCAUACGAGAUCCUCCAAAAUGAUACGCCCUGUAUUUUCUGUCCGUGUUUAGUUGAAAUUUUAAGAAAAAUUUAUGUGUAUAAUUGCAUCUUCAUCAGUAAGAUUAUCCUUCAGUGUUUUCAAAGCUUGAUAUUAAUGUAUUUAUGUGUCUCUCGAGGGGUAAGAACAACUCUCAAUCAUUUUGCAGAUAUUUAAUAAGGUUCCGUGGUUUAUCAGUCAUUGAUUUAUCCGUUCAUUAUUUCUAUCUUCUUCGGAAUCCGAUAUAUUUUCUCUGAAAAAUAAGUUGUUAAUGUCCUUUAAUGCUUUUCUUAUUUGUUGCGAUAUUUAGCACAAUGCUCGCGCCAUUUUUUUUUGUUACUUUUCUAUGUUCUCGCGGAUUCAUAUCUUUUACUAAUAUUCUACUACCUUUCUCUUUCUUCUUGAUAUAUUUCGGAUAUUCUUUUUCCCUCAAUUUCUGCCUUUUUACUGGAUCAUUUUUAUUCCUUCGUAACGUGGAUCUUCUGCUUCUCUUUUUUUCUCAAGUGUCUCUCGAAUAUAUAUUAUGGGUCAAUCCUCAGCACGGCUAGCAUGGGCUGCAGACAAAAAAUGUAUCCCCCGAUUAUAUCAACUGACAAGAGAUGAAAUUAUUUUGUCCUUAUGCCAAAGCACGGCAACGGGGAGAAAUAUAUCCCCGUUUGACAUAACGAGUAGACAUAUAUCCCCCGUCCGUAGCAUGGAGCCAAAUAAAAAAUAAAAAAUUAUGCUUUUUUGACCUAUGAAAGGGAUAAUUUUAUCCUAGUUCAUUGAACGUGGGUUUAAGUUUAUAUGAUUACAAAAAGUCUAUCUAAGUCUAUCUUCCAUUUUAUCUACUGUGGAUUUUUUAUCCACCGGUGUGCCCAUGCUCGAAGGGUGGAUAAAGGUAAGAUAAACAUUUUCUCCUUUCCCCGGGGAUAAAAUUGUCUCCUGUCCAUGCUAGCACUGCUGGUAGUGCAAACAGUCCCCUGUGUUUGUUUAAAGUAGGGGGACUCUUGCCAUGGGACUGUUAAUACUAAUGAAAUCACAUUGUAUCAUAAUAUUAUGAUUGAGAAAUAAACUUUUUAUAUACAUAAACUACAAAUGUAC